CGCCUCCGGGUUCCCAGUGCCUGGCCCCGGCGCCCGGCCGCGGACCCGCUCCUCUCCUGGCGAUCUCGGAGACCCGGACCGCGGAAGUUUGCCCAGGCCGUUCGCUGUCCCACCGAGGAAGCCCAAGAUGAGCUUGUCUAAUUCCACAGCUGUGAUGCCCUUCCUGGCCACUGUGUGGCAGGGGACAGUUCAACCAGGCAGCAAUACAUCUGGCCUGGCCCGCAGGUCCCUUGUGCGCGACGACAGCAAGCUGGAGGCUCUCUACAUCCUCAUGGUGCUGGGUUUCUUUGGCUUCUUCACUCUGGGCAUCAUGCUGAGUUAUAUCCGCUCCAAGAAACUGGAGCACUCACAUGACCCCUUCAACGUGUACAUCGAGUCAGACGUCUGGCAGGAGAAGGACAAGGCAUUCUUCCAGGCCCGGGUUCUGGAGAGCUGCAGAGCAUGCUAUGUCAUAGAAAACCAGCUUGCGGCAGAGCAGCCCAACACAUACCUGCCUGAGUUCAAGCCUUCCUCAUGAACGCCAUGGCUGGUUAAAGGUGGACACGCUCCACAUGAUAAUCCAAUGUUUCUAAUCACAUGCUUCUCUUU